GAGCGCCAUCAGGAGUCGUCUUAUCUGUUUAGUGCUUUGCUCUCCUUAACAAGGAGACUGAGAAGCAGAAGAUGUUUGUGUGUUUACUUGACCUGGUGUGAAGAGUGUGCAUAUAAGACUGCGUGGUGUUUGCCAGCGCCGUUGGAAAUGCUGGGGUGUCCAGCGAGGUUAUUUUUGGAUCAGUGACCGCGCGUCAAUGGCUGCAGAUGCGUCGCAAAGAAAGGCUCUGAGAUACCAACAGACCCUGCUGUACGGGGAGUACAGGGAGCAGCUGGGAAACUUUGCCCGACGAGAGGCUGCCCGUCUACUGACAGAGAGACAAUGGAGAAGACAAGCAGGGGAAAACACCUCAGCCAUGGGCCGCAGAGUCCAUGGUCGGCGGCAUCAUCUUCCUCAAAAUCCCGCCAUCCUGGAGUCACAUCAAAGCCACGGCUCCUCCACCAAGAAGCCUCAUCCCUAUUCAAAAUGUCAAGACUGUUUGGCUCGGGUGAGGCAGUACAUUGUGACAAAGAUGGGGGAAGACUGGGUUUUUCUGAUUCUGCUGGGUCUGACUAUGGCUCUGGUCAGCUGGAGCAUGGACUAUGCCAGUGCCAAGAGUCUACAAGCCUACAAAUGGAUACAUGGGGAGCUUAAGGGCAAUGUGCCACUCCAGUACCUUGCCUGGGUUACAUAUCCCAUAAUCCUCAUCGUUUUUGCCUCGCUCUUCUGUCAUCUGGUUUCCCCUCAGGCCAUCGGUUCUGGUAUCCCAGAGCUGAAAACCAUCUUGAGAGGUGUGGUCCUGAAGGAGUACCUGACCCUCAAAGCCUUCAUAGCUAAAGUCAUCGGUCUGACUGCUGCUCUUGGCAGUGGGAUGCCAGUGGGCAAAGAGGGUCCAUUUGUCCACAUUGCCAGUAUCUGUGCUGCUGUGCUGAGUCGAUUCAUGUCCAUCUUCUCUGGAGUGUAUGAGAACCCAUAUGGUUACACGGAUAUACUGACUGUUGGCUGUGCCGUGGGAGUGGGAUGCUGUUUCGGCACUCCGCUAGGAGGAGUGCUCUUCAGUAUUGAGGUCACGUCUACCUACUUUGCUGUGAGGAAUUACUGGCGGGGAUACUUUGCUGCCACAUUCAGUGCCUUCAUAUUCAGGGUGCUCUCUGUUUGGAACAAGGAUGCUGUCACAAUCACAGCUCUGUUCAAAACCAACUUCCGGAUGGAAUUCCCCUUUGACCUGCAGGAGUUACCAGCAUUUGCAAUCAUAGGGAUCUCAUGUGGCUUUUUGGGAGCGCUCUUUGUUUACUUAAACAGACAGGUGGUUCUCUUCAUGAGAAGACCGACAGCUCUCACACGCUUUCUAACCAAACAUCGUUUGAUCUAUCCAGGUGCAGUGACACUGAUCAUUUCCACCUUCACCUUUCCUCCUGGGUUUGGACAGUUCAUGGCUGGAGAGCUGAUGCCGAGAGAGUGUAUCAACUCUCUUUUUGAUAAUUUCACCUGGACCAAAAUCUCCGACUCGCCUGCUCCUCCUGGCCUCGGUCGCUCUGCCGCUUGGCUGCAUCCUCAUGUCAGUGUCUUUCUCAUCCUCCUCCUCUUCUUUAUCAUGAAGUUCUGGAUGUCAGCAGUUUCCACCACGAUGCCUAUCCCCUCCGGCGCCUUCAUGCCAGUGUUCAUUUUAGGAGCUGCUUUCGGCCGUCUCGUCGGGGAGAUCAUGGCCACUCUUUUCCCAAAUGGGAUAUUGUUUGAUGGGAUAGUUUACCGCAUCCUGCCAGGAGGCUAUGCUGUCAUCGGAGCUGCAGCGAUGACGGGCGCCGUCACUCACACAGUUUCCACAGCGGUAAUCUGCUUCGAGCUGACUGGUCAAAUCUCCCACAUCUUACCCAUGAUGGUGGCGGUCAUCCUGGCCAACAUGGUGGCCCAGGGUCUGCAGCCAUCUCUCUACGACUCCAUUAUCCAGGUGAAGAAGCUGCCCUAUCUUCCUGAGCUGGCUCUUGGGCACAUCAGUAAGUAUAACAUCUUCGUGGAGGACAUCAUGGUGCGCAAAGUGAAAUUCUUGUCCUCUCAAUCCACUUUUCGGGAAUUAAACCACCUGUUGGAGAGCACAACCCUGAAAACCAUCCCGCUGGUUGACUCUAAAGAAUCAAUGAUCCUUCUUGGCUCGAUUGAGAGGACAGAGCUUCAGGCUGUCUUAGACUGGUGGCUCUCUGCAGAAAGACGAGUCUUUGAAAGAGGUCCCAGUUCACCAGACAAAGGCUCCAAACUAAGCUGGGAGUCCUUCACUUUCGUAGAUGAAGAUGGAGAAGAAAGCACUGAGAAGGUGGAAGGAACACAAUGCCGUGAAAAGACUGUCUCUCCUGUGCAAGAAGGAUGUAAUGGACCCAUCCCAUCCCCUACCAUCCAGGAGCCCUCCACCAACCACAAGGAAUCAGACAAACGCAAGCUGUCGUCUGUCAGGAGGACUCUUCAGAGACUCUUCCCCUCUUCGUCCUCAUCGGGCCAGACUGAAACUCAGGAAGAUGUGCCUCCUCCACUAACUGACACCAUGUCCCCCGAGGAGAUCAAAUCUUGGGAAGAGGAAGAACUGGACAAACCAAUCGAUAUGGAGCAGAUACGUAUAGAUCCCUCCCCAUUUCAGCUGGUGGAAAGGACAUCGUUGCACAAGACCCACACUCUGUUCUCCCUUCUGGGUCUCAGUCACGCCUACGUCACCAGCAUUGGGCAGCUGGUGGGAGUUGUGGCACUCAAAGAGUUACAGAAGGCCAUAGAGGGCUCGACUCGCAGUGGAGUAAGGCUGCGUCCUCCUCUGGCCAGCUUCAGGGAUGCCAGCAGGAAAACUAAGAAGCACCAGCCUCCCUCGUCCGCCGCUUCCUCUCCCACACGGGACAGAGACCUGUGGGGGGAGGGGAGCAGAAGAGACAGUGAGAUGCUGAGGAGGGAGUCCAGGGAUCAUUCCCGGGGAAAAACUCCAUCUCUUCGAGGAGCUCCCGGGUCUGAAACAGUCCCCUCAUCUCCCAGCAGCACGGGGAGCACCAGUGGGAGCUCCGCCAACGUGAGAGGAGCUGAAGGAGCAUCCCAGGAUGCUGCGUCCCCUUCAACCUCCUCCUUCUCUUCUUUGCCUCCGGUUUCCCCCGUGUCGCACACGAGCCCGGUCCUCACACUAUCCUCCCUGCAGGAGGAGAGGGAGAGCGAGGAGUCAGAUGAACAGUUGUAAGAGGACUGGGAGACAUGGAUAAAGACCUUUACUUUUUUGUGAUUUCACUCCUCUUUGUCAGAGACAGAGCUGCAGUCUGAACGGAGGAGUCAAGCUUCCUGCAGUUCUUAAUUACUCUCAGCCACCAGGAUGAACUGGUUUACACAAACCCAUCUUAAAAUCUUGGAUAGUUUUUAUUUUGUUCUAUAUUCACACCAAUCUCACUUUUUCACUUCUGAAUCUCAGAUGCCUUCCUGUUUCAGACUUCAAGCAGACACAUUCACUCCAGCAAAUCACAGAUGUUUCUCCUCCAUCCAAAUCAGAGGUGAAUGUAGCUGAAUGGCCUAUGUAUCAAAAUCUGUUCGGUUCAUUAUGUACAUGUGAGCUACUGACAGCUAUGAACUGUGCAAUGAUGAAGUAAUACUGUGUACCAAUUAAAAACUAAAUUAAUUUGGCCAAAAGAUCAAAGAGAUUAUGCAUUUAAACCUUACUGAUUCAAAAAUCUAAUUUAAAAAUCUAAAUUAAAUUAUUAAUAUAUUUCCUGUACGCUAAAUAUUAAAAUCAUUGUUACAAGUUU